AUGUCGGCUGCUGGAAACCCUUUCGUGUAUCCUCCACUUCCCGUCGAAGCCGACUCGAUCCGCAUUCUUUCAGUGGAACCUGGAGACUUCUACGACCCUCUUGUGUGCACCCUCACGCCCACCACGUUUGGAAGCAAACCUAGAUAUGUAGCACUGUCCUACACUUGGGGCAUCUCAUAUCCAGAUAAUGCGCGGCUUCCUGUAGUGCCACCCGUAACGCCCGUUCAUGAGGGACGGACUCGGACACCUCCAAACGCUUCCACUAGGGCGUCCCUGGCUCCGGACAAUCAGGUACUGCCAAGGGCUCGGACAGUAACGAUGUCACACACUGCCCCGGUUAGUGUCAAUGGCCGGGAAUUCCCUAUCCAUCACAACCUCCAUCUCGCUCUGUUGCACUUGCGGUCCCCGACUCACCCACUGGCAGUCUGGGUCGACGCUGUUUGCAUAGACCAAGGAAAUAUCGAGGAGCGCAACGCCCAAGUCGCACUCAUGUCUUUCAUCUACAUGCGGGCCGCAAAGGUGGUAGUGUGGCUCGGAGCUAAGGGCUAUCAUGAGAGCCAACCAGACCUAUUCCGUUGCAUGGCAAUGGAUUGGAAGACUGGCCAGAGCCGGCAUCUCGCCGAAUCCCUGAGCAGAGGGUUUGAGCCGUGCUGUUCAUUGGAGCCGGAUCAGAGCACUUUUGUUCGCGUUGCCCAGAGUUCGUACUGGACGCGGUUGUGGAUCGUUCAAGAAGCGUGCCUUCCCCGAGCCCUGAUUUUCCUGUACGGGUCCAAGGCCUGGUCAUACGAAGGACUGCGUCAGUGGGAGACCCUCAAAACCGCAAACAAGCCAGGAUUGCCGCCGCAAAUGCUUUUAAGAAGUCCUGCUCAACACCAUGAAAAUGAAGGGGCCGCUGCAGCCAUGAUCCGCCUUCUUGACACUAGAGGCGCAAGACACACCGAGCGCAUGACUCUUGAGUUUCUGGUCGAAGCCUUUUCUAAGCAGGCAUGCACUGAGCUGAGAGACAGAGUCUUCGCCCUGCUAGGACUGGCAAUUGACGUCCGCCCGCGCUCAAAACACGCCGAGGGGGACUCGGGAGAGGGUGCCACCCCUGAUGGUAGCGGUGCUGUGCCGGGGAAUUAG